AUGAGUGAGACAAACCAAAUCAUUGUGGGGCCCUCAGAACUCCCCACAGCACCAGCCGUAUCCUCUGGACCAGGCAGCUGGGCCCAAGCACUUCCUGUGCUAGUGGGGGUUGUGCUUGGAGCUGUGGUUUUUCCUGUCCUCAUUGCACCUGCUGCCAAAUGCCACCUCUGCCACAAAUACUUCACCAGCCACCAGUACCCCAGGCUGCCAGAAACAAGGAAGGGCCUCUGUUCAGAGAUGGGUGAAAGUGAGGAUGAUGAUGGCUUCAUUGAUGACAAUUGCAUUCUUUCUGGGGCUGGUGGGCUGGGGACAGAGGGUAGCAAGAACCACUCCUUCGGAGCCCCUAUCUUUGGAUACUCCCUGUCUCCUCAUGCCUGA